AUGGUAGUGGACAUCGGGUCGGCUCUGACCGGCACGGCAAGCGAGUCCUCGUGCCAGGUCAUCCGUCAUCUCGUUGAGGUUGACCCGAGUCUCGUCCACUCGACCGAUAUGCGCAGGAAACCAUCAGAUUUCCGUAUCGAUAGCUUUGACUUUGUACCCAUCCCGCAGCUGUACGCAGCGGUCGGCGGCAAGGUGUCACUGCCCUGCAACACGAGCAUUCCCGCGGGCGUCGACGGCGUGUCGCUGAUCCUCUGGUAUCACGGCGACUACGGCAUUCCCAUCUACAGCCUGGACGCCCGCGACCAGCCCCUGGGCAAGGCACGACACUUCCCGGGCCAGGACCUGGUUACGCGCGCCUACCUGGACGUCAGCUCGAAGCCGCCCGCGCUCAACAUUGACCCGGUGCUCGAGAGCGACGCCGGCGAGUACCGCUGCCGGGUCGACUACAGCAGGCAGCGAACGCAGCACAGGAACGUCAACCUCACGUUCAUCGUUCCCCCCAAGGAUGCCAUUAUACGGGACGAGUCGGGCAAGCCUUUGCACGGAGUGAUCGGCCCUUACGACGAAGGCGCCCAUCUAGUCCUCAUCUGCGACGCCGAUGGCGGGCGUCCCGCACCAGCGGUGGCGUGGUGGCGAGGUUCCGAGCUAGUGGACGACAAGUACGCCCUGUCGCCUCUCGAUGUGGUUCGCAACGAGCUGGUCGUUAAGAAGCUGCAGCGGUCGGACCUCCUCACCACGUACACCUGCCAGGCGUCCAACACGAACCUGACCCUGCCACGCUCCUCAUCCGUCACCAUCAACAUGAAUCUUCGACCGCUGGAUGUGCGGAUCACGACAUUGAAGCGACCUCUGUCGGCACACCGCAAGGUGGAGCUGUCGUGCCAGUCGACGGGUGGCCGGCCGGCGCCGCAGCUCACCUGGUGGCUGGGGAAAAAGAAGCUCUCCUUUGCUCGGGACAAUGUGUCGGUGGGCGACAACGUUACGACGAGCACCGUUUCGUUCGCGCCCAACACCGACGACCACGGAAAGUACCUGGCAUGUCGCGCAGAUAACCCGCUGCUCUCCAGCGCUGGCCUCGAGGACGGCUGGACGCUCAACAUCCAGUAUGUUCCGCGACUGAGCCUUUCACUUGGCGCUAACAUGAAGCACAAGGCGAUCCGCGAAGGCUCGGACGUGUACCUGGAGUGCAACAUCCAGGCGAACCCGGCGGUCAGCGAGGUGGGCUGGAAGUUCGAAGGAAAGCCGCUCUACAGCAACGUCAAGCAGGGCAUCAUCAUCAGCAACCAGUCGCUCGUGCUGCAGAAGGUGCGGCGAGAGAGCCGCGGCCACUACCAGUGCGUCGCCGCAAACGUCGAAGGAGAAGGGGAGAGCGACCGCGUCCUGCUUCGGGUCCACUACGCGCCGGUCUGCAAGAAGCGCCAGAACCUCGUGUACGGCGUGGCGCGUGACGAAGAAGCCGAGAUCUCGUGCGAGGUGGAGGCAGACCCGUCCGAGCUGAGUUUCAAGUGGUCCCUCAACAACUCGGUCGAGGUGUUUGACGUGAAGACGUUCACCGUGAACGGCACAACCAGCGUGGCCUCAUAUCGCCCUCGCUGGAAGCACAGCUAUGGCCUACUCUACUGCUGGGCCACCAACACCAUCGGGAUGCAGAGGGAGCCCUGCGCGUUCCACAUUAUACCGGCAGGGCCACCCGAGGCUGUGCGAAACUGUCGCGUGAGCAACCAAACCUCAGUCUCGCUGGCGGUCGAGUGCGAUCCGGGUGACCAUGGGGGACUGCGGCAGACCUUUCACCUGGAGGUGUACAACUCGGCCUUGGAGCUCCUGCAGCGCAACCUCAGUUCCUCGGAGGGCGCGUCGUUCGUGGUGCGUGACCUGCCGCCCGGCACCGCCUUCAUACUAGUACUCUACGGUUCCAACUCCAAGGGCCGCAGCAACAGCGUCUCCAUAUCCACCAACACGCUGCCCUCACCCGAGAGGAGGACAGCUAACACGGACAUCACAUCAGUGAGUCCAGUGCUUGGUGUCCUGAUCGGCAUCGUGGGAGCUCUUGUGCUGGUGGCCAUCGUUAUCGUGGUCGUAAUGCGACUCCGCGGAGACGACAGCGAGAAGCGUGCUACUGAGGAGAGUCCAGAAAAGAACCAAAACCAUCAAAGGAAAGCAGUGAAUAACUUAGCCCUUACGGAUAUUGACACCAAAGAUCCGUCUGUAAUUCAAAAGACCAGUGAUUCGCAAGCAGAGUACCCGCGCGUGGCUGUUCGGCGCAUCCCGACGUUCCCGGCUCAUCGAACGUACGACAGCUUCUCUCCCAGCGACUACAACUACGAGAACAUCCAGUCACUGAGACGGCCGUCACCUGUCAAGGUUUGUCCUUCAUGGAACUUUUCGAACGAUCCUUGUCACGAGUUAUAUUUUGCUGGUGGUGUUGCCGUACUUGAAAGCGCGGAGCAAACCGGUUGAUGCGGUUCUCGAA